AUGAAUGGUAUUGUUCGAACGGUGAAUGAAAUUGCCUUGUUCCGUCUUACGAGCGUAUUUAACAAACAGCUAUGGAGAAGUGCCUCAAACAGUGCCGUGAAAAAGAACCGUGUUGAGGAUGACCGUUCCGAACGAAGUCUUCAACAUAUCGAUGAACAUUUUGAAGCUGUUCCCGCCGAAGAAAGGAACAAGAAAUCGUUCAACGCAGCUAUCGAGGUAUUUCGUCAGAAGCGAACGCAAAGUCGUGGACAUGUUGAGUUUAUCAAUUCAGCGUUGAAAUAUUUGGAAGAGUACGGUCUGCAUAAGGAUCUUGACACGUAUAAAUCUCUCCUGAACGUCUUCCCAAAAGGAGCGAUGAUUCCACAGAAUAAGUUCCAGGUAGUAAAUUCAUCGUCAUAUUUUCAGAAAAUAUUCCUCCAUUAUCCUAUGCAACAGAAUUGUUGUGUUAAAGUUCUGGAUCAAAUGGAAUGGUUCGGUGAGUUCGCCCUUCAUCCAUCAUAUUCUUUUCAUUUCCUUUUAUUUCACUUUAUCUUCUCACCUCGAAUCAUUCAGCUUCAUUUUAUUAUUACGUAG